GGAGCUGCUUCCGGGCGAGCCGCCCCGCCCCCACGUGGGCCGGGGAGACCAGAGUGGGCGGCUGCGAAAGCUGGAGCAGCGGCGCCUGGAGCAGCGGCACGGAGCGGUUAGAGAAGCAGCUAAGCACACAGCAGACAUCCCAAGAGCCUCUCUUCCGGCCAGCAGACUUUCCUAAGCCCCGCCAUGCAGCCCCAGUCUGUUCUGCACAGCGGCUACUUCCACCCUCUGCUUCGGACCUGGCAGGCAGCCACCACCACCCUCAGUGCCUCCAACCUCAUCUACCCCAUCUUUGUCACGGAUGUUCCUGAUGACGUCCAGCCCAUCACUAGCCUCCCAGGAGUGGCCAGGUAUGGUGUGAACCGGCUGGAAGAGAUGCUGAGGCCCCUGGUAGAAGAUGGGCUACGUUGUGUCCUCAUCUUUGGAGUCCCCAGCAGAGUUCCCAAGGAUGAGCGGGGCUCUGCAGCUGACUCAGAGGAGUCUCCAGCCAUCGAGGCCAUCCAUGUGCUGAGGAAGACCUUCCCCAACCUUCUCGUGGCCUGUGAUGUCUGCUUGUGCCCCUACACCUCCCAUGGUCACUGCGGGCUCUUGGGUGAGAAUGGAACAUUCCAGGCCGAGGAGAGCCGCCAACGGCUGGCAGAGGUGGCACUGGCCUAUGCCAAGGCUGGAUGUCAGGUAGUAGCCCCGUCGGACAUGAUGGAUGGACGCGUGGGAGCCAUCAAGGAGGCCCUGAUGGCACAUGGAUUUGGCAACAGGGUAUCAGUGAUGAGCUAUAGCGCCAAAUUUGCUUCCUGUUUCUAUGGGCCUUUCCGGGAUGCAGCCCAGUCAAGCCCAGCUUUUGGAGACCGUCGCUGCUACCAGCUGCCCCCUGGAGCCCGGGGCUUGGCCCUCCGCGCAGUGGACCGGGAUGUGCGGGAAGGAGCCGACAUGCUGAUGGUGAAGCCAGGAAUGCCCUAUCUGGACAUCGUACGGGAGGUGAAGAACAAGCACCACGAACUCCCCCUCGCUGUGUACCACGUGUCUGGAGAGUUUGCCAUGCUGUGGCACGGAGCCCAGGCCGGGGCGUUUGAUCUCAAGGCUGCUGUGCUGGAGGCUAUGACUGCCUUCCGCAGAGCAGGUGCCGAUGUCAUCAUCACCUACUACACGCCCCAGCUGCUGCGGUGGCUGAAGGAGGAAUGAUGGAGAGAGGUUGUGGGACCCAAGAACCACAACUUUGAGAAAGCUCCCAAAGCCUUGGUGAAGCCAAAACCAAAGUAAAUUCUGCUUUUAGAACUGUG